AUGAAUGAUAUUGGAAUUAAAACGGAUAACGCAUCAGUUUCCGAACCUUUAGAUCUUAUUAGACUUUCUUUAGAUGAAAGAGUUUAUGUCAAGUUACGGGGAGACAGAGAAAUAAAGGGAAAAUUGCAUGCCUAUGACAGCCAUCUUAAUAUGGUCUUAAGUGAUGCAGAAGAAACAGUUUACACAAUUGAUAUUGAUGACGAAGCCGAAGAACAUAUUAGCACUAGAAAAACACACUCGGAAAUGAUAUUUAUACGUGGGGAUUCAGUAAUUUUAAUAUCUCCACCAAGGAGAUAA